GCCGAGCCGCUAGUUUCUUUUCUGAUUCUUUUCUUAUUCUCGUAUUAAAUAAGAUAUUCCGUGACACUUGGGACGGGACGUUCGAUCGAGUGUGUUGUAUUUGCAGCGUUCAUUAGAACAUGAUCCUUGAAAAACGCCUGAUACCAUUCGUUCUUGCUCUUCGCUUCCUCUGCGUGCUCUGCGACGAUGGCGCACUCACCUCGAGAAGAACAACGACAUCCGAAUCGACGAGAUCACACUACGAUUCCGGAUCAACGAGGAAGAUCGGGACCAUUCAUUCCAAUCGGUCGAUCUAUGAUUCCGAAUCUAUUGAGAAUAAUCUCGUGAAGAUCAAGGGCUAUCCAAUCCACGGAUUCACGGACUACUAUGGAUCUACGUUCGCACCUUCAUCCACCAUAAAGUUGCUCGCCGAGGACGAUGCUCGGUCCUCGUCACCUACGACUGUCGAUCGAGCUACAAAGUUCACUAUUCUACCCGACGACGUGACUACUACUACUACUACUACUACUACUACUACUACUACUGAUAGUACGAACAAUGUGACGAUCUGCGAUCCGACGUGGCCAGUGAACGCAAGUGCGGAUACGAGAGAGGUAGUUAACUUGAGGGCAGACGAGGUAAGCACAGAAUGGAUCGUUCUCUCGUGGGAACCUCCGUGCAACGCGACAAACUUAGUGAUAUACUCCGUCGAGAGAUGCGACAACGACAAAAACUGCAAUCAGGCGAAUGAAACUGACAGUUGGCAUAACGCUACUGGCCUCGAGCCAUGUACGCAAUACACGUUUAGGGUGAAAAUUUUGACUGAACUCUGGAACUCCGACGGGACCGGUUUGUCAGCCACGACGGAUCACGCCAUUUCGGAAAUCGGGGAUGUGGCCUCUCUGAACGCGCACAACGUCAGCGUGACAGCUGUCCAACUAACUUGGCAGCCGCCCGCGUUACACGCGAAAUGCAUAUCCAACUACUCGGUUGUUCAGUGCGACGGAAGAUCCUGCAACGAGACCGUGGUUAACGCCACGAGUUACACCGCUAACGAUCUCAAGCCGUGUACGAAGUAUCGUUUCACUGUCAAAACAGUGACGCCGGCCGUAGAGUCCGCCGGUGUGAACCAGACCGCUAAGACAGCUUCGCCGAAAUUGUCAGCGCCGCAGUCCCUCGACGUAAUACCCGGCAAUUUUUCCUUGACUGUUAAAUGGGAGCCGCCAGAGUCUGGCACGGUUUGCCUGAAGCAUUAUCGCGUAACUGUGGAUUCCAACAGAUACACCGUCAACACCACGAACACAAGCGUGAUAAUAUCGCAUUUGUACGCCUGCAAAACGUAUCAAGUGUACAUUAACGCGGUGAACGAGGACGACGGGGAUGGGGAUAUGAUAGACAAGAGCGGUACCACGAACCACUACAAAACAAAUCCACCGGUUUUGCACACCCCCGGAGUACCACCGGAUAUUCAUAGUCUGUCAAUGAUCUGGACUAUUCAGAAAGAGAACAAUCAUUGUAAGCUGAUAUCCAUAAUAACCAUGUGCAAUUACACAGAAACAAAGGGAAAAGGGUACGAUCCUGUCAAUAAAGUGUCCCCGAUGAAGAUAAAUUCUGAUACCGCUACAGAUUCUAUCGUUGUCGUAAAUACAACCGUAGACGGACUGAGUGCUUUCACGAGUUACACUUGCCGAGCGCAUGUCGUUAAUACUGGAGGAUACAGCGAUCUAAGUGACGAAGUCAAUGCCACAACAUUGGAGGACGUGCCACUUCCACCUACGUCCAUUUCUGUCAGGAAUAUCACGGACUCACAAUUCUCUUUAUCUUGGAUGGAACCGCCAUAUAUACCUGGUUAUCUAGAAGAGUUUGAAAUUGCAAUAGAUUGGGAACUACUUUACUGGAUUCCAAGUUGGUGUCCUCGCGAGGAACAAAAUAAAGAUCACUUUAGAAAACUUAACGUAAGUGGAAGCGUGUUUGAGUAUGAUUAUCUCGAGGCAGAGGCAUUCACGAAAUAUGAAAUACGUAUGAGUGCGAAAACAAGAGGGGGAUGGGGCAAUAGCAGUGAACCUGAGAUAUUUGAAACCAACAGUGGAAUUCCAGGAGCAAUCUCCAAAUUUGAUUCCUCAUCCAUUAUGAUAAAAAAGAAUCCAAGUGAUCCGAAUGUAUUGGAUACGAUUUUGACAUGGGGUCUGCCGUGUUCAUUGAAUGGUUAUCUCGAGUUCUUUAACAUAUCGGGCCAUGGCGUCAGAGAUGGAUAUGAUCCUCAUCACAUUUUCAUAAAAUAUGAAUGCGCGGAUUAUAUUUCCAACGAUUAUAUGUGUUUGAUAAAUCUAUGCGAGUUGAAAGCAGAAUAUAAUUAUACGUUCACGAUAUCUACCAAAGUCAGAGAUGUCGAUAUACUCGGACCAGAAAUAAAUCAAAUCGUGCUGUAUCCUGCCGGCAUACCGCCACAGCCUGAGGACGAAUACGUCACAUCGAUCACUCUGGAUCCGAACAACGCGCGGAAAUCCACAACGACCGCUACUGUCUUGCUGCCCUUGUUUCUCAAUACCAAUGGCAACAUUAAAUAUUACGCGAUUAUGGUAUCGAGGAAGGGAUUCAACGAAAAGCAAUCGAAUACGAGAUUCGAUUUGAAAAAGGUCUGGCCCAACGAGACCUCUUGGGAGGAAGCUAUGAAAAGUGACUUCUCAUUAACAUAUCAGGCUACGCAGCCGUGGUGGAAUCCCAAUCCAAAGUACAUCGCUGAUUACGGGCACAUGAAAGUCAUCGAGUUUACGAUCGGCGAGGACACCAUCUGCAAGGAUAUCUCGGAAAAAAUCGAAAAACGAGUGUACUGCAACGGGCCUCUUAAACCGGACACGUUUUAUCACGUCAGAAUAAGGGCAUUCACCGACGGUGGUUACGCUGAUUCUGAGAUAUUCGUAAUAAAAACGAAUGCAGAACUGAAUGUCGCUGUUAUUAUCGGGGCCGUCUUUGGCAUUCUUUCCUUGGGGAUACUGGUGACAAUGAUGCUGUUUGUGCGAAAAUGCUCGCCAUACAUAGUGAUUCGAAGAUUCCUUCACUCUGACAUGCCUGGCUCACCUGUGCCAGCGCCGUUCACCAGAAAAAAAUUCAUCAACCAUUGUCAACAAUUGGUGGACAAUCCUGGGAAGUUAAGCAAUGAAUUUCGAUUACUUCAAACGCUCAGCGUUGACUUACAAAUGCCCACGAAUACUGCCUGCUUGCAAGCUAAUCGAAAGAAAAAUCGCUACUCUGAUAUUUUGCCCUAUGAUUUUUCAAGAGUAAAGCUAGAUGUGAUAGACAACGAUCCUAACACGGAUUAUAUCAACGCUUCAUUCAUAAGGGGAUAUACGGGAGAAGACGAAUAUAUAGCUUGCCAAGGCCCGAAGGAAGAAACCACUUACGAUUUCUGGAGAAUGGUCAAUCAGUACAACAUUAAUAUCAUAGUUAUGCUGACGCAGUUGGUCGAGAAGGGCAAAGAAAAAUGUCAUCAGUAUUUUCCGGCGAUCAGUGAAACUUUCCGAUACGAGAACAUGACGAUACGAUGUACGAGUGAAUUGGAUUAUCGAACACAUACCCAAAGAACACUUGUGUUACAAAAAGAAAAUAAAAAGAGAAACAUCACUCAUUUGCACUUUAAAGACUGGCCCGAUCACGAUGUUCCAGAAGACUUCGAUGCAAUGAUCAAUUUCUGUCAAAUAAUGCGCCGUAAUAUUAGCACUAAUAAAGGUUUCAUUGUCGUUCAUUGCAGUGCGGGAAUUGGAAGGACAGGAACAUUGAUAGCGAUAGAUAUUCUUCUACAACAAAUUAGAGAUAAUAGGAAAUUGGAUGUAUUCGGGACUGUAUAUAGAUUACGACAUCAUAGAAUAAAUAUGGUACAAAGAGAAAGUCAAUACGCUUAUAUAUAUAAUUGUAUAAAACAAGUACUCAAGAAUCCUUAUUUCCUAAAAACUUAUAAGCCACCGCCAGUUGAGCCAAUAUAUGAGAACACCUCUAAGAAAACCAAAGAUACAACGAAUUCAGACACAAAUCUAGUCAACAAUCUUGAAAUAUUGAAAAAACAUAACGCCAUAUCUAUGGAAUCUCUGAAAUCAAUUUGCAAUCUUUCUUCUUGGUCAACUGCAGAAAGUACAGAAAAUAGGGAUUUGAGGCAGUGCAAAUCAACGAGUGCCAUAAAUGUAAAAACUCAUCACACUACUGCGGGAAAAUCCCGAACUUUUGAUUGUGUCUUUUAUAAAUCACUGAGAGAUUCUUCAUAUAGGCUAAAUACAGAAAAUUUACCACAAGACAGCCUUCCUUUAUUAGUUUGUUCAAAAUCAACCGAUGGCGAUAGCAUACAUUAUGCAACAACUAACAUGUGAAAAACAUGACUGAAUUACAUAUGACUACACAUAUAUUAAACUGAUCAUCGAAUAUAUAAUUAUUAGACCAAAGUAUGAACUGUAAUUAUAUGUAAAUAUAAUUAUGUUAAUAGAAUACAAAAUAGAAUUCUUAGAAUAGAAACAAUGUUAC